UAUGGCUCAUUGGAGCUAUUUUAGUAUCUCUGGGUUUGGUGAAUUUAACAGCAGCCCUAGAUCCGGAAAAUGCAGAACCUUUAACGAUAGUGUCAAAUGGAAUGAGUCAAUUUACUACAGAGUUUUACAAAAUUUCAUCAGAAAAUGAAGCAAAUAACCUUAUCUGCUCACCAUCAAGUGCGGGCAUUGUUUUAUCAAUGGCAGCAUAUGGCGCCCGAGGAAAUACAGAAAAACAAAUGAAAACAGGUUUACACUUGCCCGAAAAUGAUGCUGUCGGUAAAGGAGGUCAUCAGUCACUUAUCGACACCCUUAAUGGUUUAAGAAGUGUCAGACUUCGAUUAGCUCAAAAAAUUUACGUAGGAGACGAUUCCGAUAUCAAUCCUGAGUUUAAAAAUAUGACUGAAAAUAACUUCCGAUCACCAAUAGAAGCUUUAGAUUUUAACAAAGCAGAUGAAGCUAGCCAGACAAUAAAUGGUUGGUGUGCCCGAAAAACUAAUAACCGUAUUAGAGAAAUAGUCACUGCAGAUGAUAUAAGUGGAGCAUCAAUAGUUUUGGUCAAUGCAAUUUAUUUCAAAGGUGUUUGGAAAGUUCAAUUUGAUGAAGACGAUACAGAAUCUGAACCAUUUCAUAUUGAUGAAACAACUUCUAAAAAUGUUCAAAUGAUGUCUACAAAACAGAUAUAUAACUAUGGAACCCUUCCUGAUCUUGAUGCUGUUUUUGUUGAAGUUCCAUACAGGAAAGUAAGUGACAUCGAUUCAAUUAGUAUGUUUAUAAUUGUGCCAAAUACAAUAACGGGACUGAAAAAAGCGGAAGAAUCUCUUGGCAAAGUCAACUUAAAGGAGAAGCAUGAUAAUCCUAAUAUGACCAAAAUACAUUUUUCGUUACCUAAAUUUAAAAUUGGAAGUACAAUUCAACUCCAAACAAUACUCGAAAAAUUGGGAAUGACCGACAUGUUUCUAGAUACUGCUGACUUUACUGGAAUCACAAGAGCUCCGCCAUUAAAAGUCACCAAAGUCAUUCAGAAAGCUUUUAUCUCAAUCGACGAAAAAGGAAGCGAAGCAUCUGCAGCAACUGCAAUGAUGGGAAUGGGAAGAUCUGGAGCUACUCCCAGUCCACCGCGUGUAACAGUGAAGGUUGACAGGCCAUUUUAUUAUGCAAUUGUACAUACUGCAACAAAUACUGUUUUAUUCCAAGGCCACAUUACUGACCCAAAAUUUGAUGACGUUUACUAUAUUUAUUACAAAAAUAUAAAUUCUGUGUCAAUAAUAAUGAGAUAUCAAGUAACAUGGCUCAGAGGAGCUAUUUUAGUAGUUCUGGGUUUGGUAAGUUUAACAGUAGCCCUAGAUCCAGAAAAUGCAGAACCUUUAACGAUAGUUUCAAAUGGAAUGAGUCAAUUUACUACAGAGUUUUACAAAAUUUCAUCUGAAAAUCAAGCAAAUAACCUUAUCUGCUCACCAUCAAGUGCGGGCAUUGUUUUAUCAAUGGCAGCUUAUGGCGCCCGAGGAAAUACAGAAAAACAAAUGAAAUCAGGUUUACAUUUGCCCGAAAAUGAUGCUGUCGGUAAAGGAGGUUAUCAAUCACUUAUCGACACCCUGAAUGGAUUGAAUAGUGUUAGGCUACGAUUAGCUCAAAAAAUUUACAUAGCAGACGGUUCUGAAAUAAAUUCUGAAUUUAAAGAUAUGACUGACAAUAAUUUCCGAUCACCCAUGGAAGCUUUAGAUUUUAACAAAGCAGAUGAAGCUAGCCAGACAAUAAAUGGUUGGUGUGCCCAAAAAACUAAUAACCGUAUCAGAGAAAUAGUUACUGCAGAUGAUGUAAGUGGAGCAUCAAUUGUUCUGGUCAAUGCAAUUUAUUUCAAAGGUGUUUGGAAUGCUCAAUUUGAUGAAGACGAAACAGAAAUUCAACCAUUUCAUAUUGAUGAAAAAACUACUAAAGAUGUUAAAAUGAUGUUUAAACGACAUGUAUAUAACUAUGGAACCCUUCCUGAUCUUGAUGCUGUUUUUGUUGAACUUCCAUACAGGAAAAAAAGUGACAUCGAUUCAAUUAGUAUGUUCAUAAUUUUGCCAAAUACAAUAACGGGACUGAAAAAAGCUGAAGAAUCUCUCGACAAAGUCAACUUAAAAGAAAAGCAUGAUAAUCCCAAAAUGACUCCAAUAAAUUUGUCAGUACCUAAAUUUAAAAUUGAAAGUACACUUGAGCUUCAACCAACACUUGAAAAAUUGGGAAUGACUGACAUGUUCCAAGAUACUGCUGACUUCACUGGAAUCACAGCUGCUCCGCCAUUAAAAGUCACUAAAGUCGUUCAGAAAGCUUUCAUCUCAAUUGAUGAAAAAGGAAGCGAAGCAGCUGCAGCAACUGCGGCAGUUGGAAUGGCAAGAUCUGGAGCUUCUCUCAAUCCAGCACCUGUAACAGUGACGGUUGACAGACCAUUUUAUUAUGCAAUUGUACAUCCUGCAACAAAUACUGUUUUAUUCCAAGGCCACAUUACUGACCCAAAAUUUGAUGACGUUUAAAUUGGCUCAGUCGAAUUGUGAAUGAAAAAUAAGAAAAUAUAUGUAUGUACAUUUUUUCUUUUAAUGUUAAACCUUUUGACAUACUUUCAAAAGAUGAAAAGUUUCAAAUAAAAUAUUCCUAUGAUUCAA